AUGCAGAUUGAGUCUUUCAAGCUAAAUUUCCGCGAGAACGCCCGCUCUCGCACGGACCACGGCGCCGACAUCAUCACCUGGCCCGUCUCGGGUGACAGCCCUGUCCACCCCCACCUGCUCCGCAGCAGCGUCUCGCUCAACGACUCCCUCGCGACCGCCGGCAUCCCUCGCUCUCACACCACCCCGGCCCUCCUCUCCUCCCAGGAACAAGAGGGCGACGCUGGCUCGCUCACCGGACUCCGGACAUGAUCUCUGUCUUUUCAUUGGUCCGCAGCUCUCUCUAAACCCCGCCUCCUACCAUUGCUAAGACUCAUAUGAUUGGUGUGCUCCUUGUUGACGUUCUCGAUUCCUGCUCGGUAGGGCCGUACAUACUACAGUCGUCAGGAUGCGUGAAAAUUGGCCGCAGUCGAAGGCGGCUGGGAGUGAAAGUUCGCCCGAGAGUCUUUAGACUUAGCUAGUUAGACAUGGCUAAACUCACGCUACUCAUACCUAACAAUCAUCACACCUGCUACGUCACUCGUUGUAGAGCAUGAAUCUAGUUUAGUUUCUUUUUCUUUUUUUAUCUGUGUUGCAACUC